UUCCUCAGUUCCUCUUCGUCUCUGUUUAUCUGAUAAACUGGGUUUUAGGGUUUCGAAAUCGAAGUCGUUCCACUCAACUCGUCUUCUCCUCUCUCACCAUGAGUAGAUCCGGUCAGCCUCCAGAUUUGAAGAAAUACAUGGACAAGCAGCUUCAAAUCAAGCUAAAUGCUAACCGUGUUGUGGUUGGGACUCUUCGUGGGUUUGACCAGUUCAUGAAUCUUGUGGUCGAUAACACUGUUGAGAUGAACGGAAAUGACAAAAACGACAUAGGCAUGGUGGUAAUCAGAGGAAACAGCGUGGUUAUGAUUGAAGCUUUGGAGCCUGUUAGUAAAGCACAGCAGUAGUUACAGUUGGAUACAAGUCCUGUUUGACGCCCUUAUCUAUGGGAGUAUGUUCUCUGGAUUAUAUAUCUACUAGGACUUUUGUGAACCAAUUGUGUUUAGUUUUUCAGCAUGAACAUAAAACGCUGAUCGGCUAAUGUAAUGAAACUAAAGAUUUUUUUUUUUUUUUUUUUUUGUAGCAUGAUACUCCCUCCGUCCCACUCCUAAGUGACCUAUUUGAAAUUUGCACAAUUUUUAAGGCAAGCAAGUAAAAUAUUACUUUUAAGCA